UUUUUAUAGUACCAUUUAUUUGUAGGUACCUAAAUAAUAUGGAAAAUUUGAGAAUAAAAGACAUUGAAAGGAUUUUAUUAACGUUAUAUCAGUUCAAUUAUGAUUCCAAAGUAACUCCUUUUUAUUCUCACGCAGCUGAAGAAUUAGUAAAGCCUUCCAGAAAAGAAGAACAACAAAUGUUUCCAAAAUCACUUAUUUAUUGCGCUCAAUAUUUAUUACAAGCAAAUUUUUGUUUUAAAAAAAUAUUGGAAAUAAUUAUGAAUCCAGCAUUUAUAAAACUUACAUCGGCUAACGAGAUAUGCAAUGCAUACAUUUAUAUUCAUAAUUGUUUGGAAUUAGAUCAUCCUGAAAUUAAAGAUCAAUUCAAAUUAGACAAUUCUGUAUUAACUACAUUUUAUACGAUAGCUGAACAGUGGAAUAAAAAUUUAAAAGGCCAUUCGAGUAAACGUCAACAGUUUGCAGCCGAUGUCAUUUACAAUUUUAAGGUAUAA